AUGCCUGGCUUGGAGAUCCCAGGUGAAUUUCUACGCCAUGCAAUUCUUGAUACAGUGGUCCCUCAUGCACCUGCGCUCGAUAUCGAGGGGGCCCUGAGCUCGGCCUUGGAGGACGGAGCUGAUGAUCUCCCCUCUGUUUUGUCUUCAAUUCCGCAGCGAUCUCUCUUGUUUUUUGAUGAAUCUGUCCCCGUUCGCAUUGUUUUGCGACUGUCCGAUUGUUCAGAGACCAUCCUGAAGCACUAUCUACCUCGACUUGAAGUUAAGCUCGACGUGUUUGCAGUUGACCCGGCCGAGUCUGUUGCUGAAAAUCCCACGCCCACUAGAGACAUCAUAAAUUCGGGCAUAGUACGCGGUGAAGAGGACCCGCUCGUUGUUUUCAAUGAAUUUGAGGGCGAGGAAGGCAGUGGUAACCAUGUUUACUUGGUCUGGAACAUUGAUGCCACACUCAAACGACCCCGAAUUCGCAUCCAACAACCAUCACUUUUGUUUAUUGCAUCUGCUAGCCUAAGCCCGUCAGAUGGCUGUCGCCAAGAGGACUCGGAUGAUGACUACCUCCCCUCGCUCGUUCCAGCAUCGUCAAAUAUGCUUCAGCCUUUAUCUGGGGACAAAUCAAUCGGUCACAAAGAGCCUUUCCUUCCUGCUUCCAGGCUCUUGAGAGUUGUACCAACAACAUACAACGAAGACCCAAUAUAUAACAUUCAGCAACAACACGGCCAGCCUUUCCGUGUUGUACCUGCAGCGAGUGCAAGGAUACGAUAUUCUCGACUCAAUUCAUACACUGGCCGUCCAACCACUAUUGCCAGUCUCGACUUUGAAGUCACGCCGUUUUUGAACAACCAAGUCUCAUUUGACAAAGCCGAGCUCCAACUAUCUGAAGGGACAAUCGAGUCAUUAUCUGACGUACCGGGUCUCGCUCUCCCAUUGACAUGCUACCCCAGAGACGAUGUGACGCUCAUGUACAAACUCACGCCAGAGUACGGUCCCGAGACGAAUCUUUCCUCAACUGCCACGUUUAGCGUGCUAGAUAUUUCACUUGGAGCAACAAUUCUUGUGGAUGAUGAUUGCAAACCGCGCAUUUCUAUGCAGUGGAGAACCAACGUCGACUUCUCAGUUGCCCUAAACCCUACUUAUGGGGGUCCAAGUCCGGCACUGCAAAGAAACAACAGACCUACUAGUCUGUCAGUGUCAACCCAAGCUGGUACACCAUCCAAUAACCGUAGCUCACUGCGAGAACGGGCAUACUCGGUUACUGAUGUCGGUAUCACUAUAUCUUUCUCUGGGCCUACUCGUGUCCAAGUGGGUACUGUUUUCUCCUGGGAUGUAUUCAUUGUGAACCGAUCAAAUGUCCCCCGCAAAUUCGCUUUGAUUGCAGUACCAAGAAGAAAACGCGUGGAUCCACGGGGACAUGUUGCUCGACCUUCCUCGUCAUCCAUCAAUAGCCGAAAGGAGGACCAUGUGGCUGAGGCAGUGACAGACGACAAUAUUGUACACGCCAGACAAAAGAGUGUAGCCGGUCAAGAAGUUGAGCUCAUCAGUUUGAGCACAGAUAUUCGCGUGGGACCUCUCAUGCCGGGAACCUGCCAUUCAACCGAGCUCAAACUCCUACCACUUGCCACAGGCCCCCUUCACUUGGAAGCUAUCCGACUUGUAGAUCUGAACACGAAUGAAACGACCGAUAUCCGAGACCUACCGGACAUCCUGGCAGAUGAUCAGCCUCGCUCCAGUUGA